AUAUGAGAUAGCAAGAAAAACAUUUCGUGGCUUCUAAGUUCUAACCUAAAUAAAGAGAGAGAAUUUUUUCCGACCCCACAGCAAUAUAUUAGGUAGUUGCCAAAACUUAACAAAAACCUAGAAGGACGCGGCCAUAUAAAUAUACGUACAUACAUCCCAUCGGCCAUCACUCGCUGCCGCCGCCGCUCUCUCUGUCUCUCUCAUUCAUUCUCCUGGUCGGGACAACAACAUGGCCUCCUCCUCCGCCGUCUCUUCCGAGAACAAGCAGCAGGCUCCACCUUCUCACGUUGAGGAGGAGGAGGACGACGACGACACGUGGGUUUGGGUUGAUGAGAAGGAGGCGGCGGCGGAGGACUAUCUCCCUGCUGAUCAUAAAUCCCCUAAGAAUAUUAAUGACGACAAUAAGAAAUCAGUAUCACAAAGCACCAAUAGUAGUACUGUUUGCGGGUUGGUAUCGCUGUCGGAGCUCUACCAUGACGGCGGCGGUGGUUACGAGUCCGGGACGGAGGAGGAGAGGGCGGAGUUCAUGGAGGAUCUCAAGUCCUUUUACAGAGGCACCAACAUUUUCCCAUUGCUUGAUACCUCCCGCCCUGCUGCUGAUCAACACCUCAAUCUCCUCAAGUUGUGGAGGGCUGUGACUAGACUUGGAGGCUAUCAACAGGUGACAUCAAGCCAGAUGUGGCGCCAGGUUGGUCAGUCACUCCGACUCCCUAGGGCUGUCUCGUGGUCGACAGUACGAAGCUUGUAUGAGAAGGCACUACUUGGGUAUGAGAAGCAUAAACUGCCCAAUACUACUGCUGAUCAGCUGCUUCUCCCUAAUGCUCCAUUGCCUGCUCCUGAAAACCAGCAUACUGAUGAUCGGAUGGGAUGGCAAUCCGACAGCUUCAUGGAUUGACGAUCAUGCGUGGAACUAACCAACCAACCUAGCUGAAUGGAUGAAUGAAUGUGUGUACUGCAUGCAUGCAUGUUGUUUGUGUCGUUCAUUUUAUCUGUGGGGAAAACGGUGUCGAGAAUCGGCUACCUCACUCAUAAUUAAUUUCCUGCCUGCGCAUUAUCAGAGUUGGCCUGGUGUGGUAGAGGAACAGGCAGUUCAAAAGCGCGUCCCUUUUGCUGCCUAGCUAAGGUCCAGUUCCUCGUGGUCAACUGAUGAGGAUUUUUUGUUGUUGU